AUGAGCCACGGCCGUCUGAUCCAUUUCACCCGGGCGGCGGACAAGGGGCAGGAGGAGGGCGACGAGCGGCGAUCCCCCCGCCCCGGGCAUCAACGGGGCCUGGACGGCGAGCAGGCGAAGAGUUUCUACGAGGGACUUCUGGCGUCCAGCGGCCAGGCCGCCUCCAGACCCAGACCCAGACCCAACCCGGUCCGUCAGCGCUCGGACGUGCGGAGGAGAGCGAGAGGAUUUGCAGAGCACGCUUCCUACAGUGAGGGCAGCGGUGGUCAGGCGGAGGGAGCGCAGAGGCGUGGACACCUGUUGCUGAAGGCGGCCCAGCACGGCGACCUGAGGACUCUCCGGAGGCUGCUGGAGAAGGGAGCCUGCGACAUAAACUUCCGGGAUGGCUUCUACUGGACCGCCACCAUGUGCGCUGCUCACAGCGGACAGUCGGAGGCAGUGGGCUACCUGCUGGACAACGGGGCCGCCUGGAUCGGGGUUUGCGAUGCCGCUGGUCGCGACGCCCUGGACCUGGCCCGGCAGGCGGGGCAUGCAGCAGUUGCCGCUCUCCUGGAGGGGUACCGGGGAUGUCGGAACUGGCCAGGGGGACGAGAGGACCAGAGGGCGAGGCCGCCACAGAAGAAGUUUUGCCAGGCCUGCAGACUGGAAUACCAGGAGGACACUGUUGAGCAGCACGAGAGCUCAACACUGCACCUGCUCAGCACGAGCGAUAAGCUGCCAGCAACCCACUACUUCAUUCCCGAAAGCAACGUCGGCUUCCAGAUGCUGCUGAAGGGCGGCUGGGACCAGGAGACGGGACUCGGGCCAGACGGGAAGGGCCGGAAGUUUCCCGUCAGAACGGUGCUCAAGAGGGACCAGAAGGGGCUGGGCUUCCAGACUGACCUGAGGCCGAAGGUCACCCACUUCGACGCUCGCGACCCUGAGGCUGUGCAGCUGCCGAGGAGCGCCGUCGGCCGUGCGCCAAGGGCCGCCACCGUCAGCAGGAGGGAGGAGCGCAGGCGAGAGGCGAGGCAGAAAGCCUGGGAGAGGGAUCUGAGGAUGCACAUGAACUUUUAGGGACUCCUGUUGAUUUUGAAAUAUUUGAUUAAAAGCCAGUCAGUGUUAAGAACACGGAACUGUACUGACCUUUAAGUCCACAAUGUUGUGCUGACUUUUUAACCUACUCCAAGAUCAAUCUCACAUAGCCCUCCAUUUUCCUAUCGUCUGUGUACCUAUCUAAGGGUUUCUUGUGUAUCAGCCUCUGCCACCACCCCUAACAGGGUGUUCCACACACCCACCACUCUGACACCCCCCUCUCAAAUCACCUUAAAGUUCUGCCCCCUUGGGUAUACCCACCCUGGUAACAACCCUCUGUCUAUCCACUCGAUUUGUGCCUCUGACCAUCGAGGUUGCCGGGUAAACUGGUCCCUGCCAAGUGGCCCUGGUGUGUGGGUGAGGGGUAGGGUGGGGAGAACAAUGAACUUGUGUUUAAUGUGGGAGUGGUGUGAAGGGGUAUGAAAGGGUCUGCAUCUCUAUUUCUCUAUGAAACGUUCCCCCAUCUUGUUUUGUUUUAAAGAUCAGCUUUAUUUGUUACGCGCAGAGAAUGACCAACGCUCUCCGAGGAUGUGUCGGGGGCAGCCGCUGGUUUCACUGUGCUUCUAGUGUCGAGAUAGCAUGCCCACAACUCACAAACCCUAACCAUACGUCUUUGGAAAGUGGGUGGAAAUGGGAGCACUCAAAGCAAACCCACACAAUCACAGGAAGAACUGGCAGACAGUGACCAGAAUCGAACCUGGAUCACUUCAAAGCAUCAUGCUGGCUGUGACGCUCAGAUCCAUCCCUGGGAGGACUCAACCAGGGACGGUGAUGCCAGUGUCCCGGAGGGUGAAAAUUUAAUCUGUCUCAUCAUGUCCUUCCACAUGCAAGUUGGCAGCGGUGUUUUACUGCACUGAACUACCUGCCUGUGAGGUGCUGAGGGCUCGAGCUGAAGCUCUCGGCGGUCCAAGAUGACCAGAUCGAAUGUUGUCUGCAAAGACGCUAACUUCUGCGAUCAGAUUCCAGUUUAUUGUUCACAUGCACGUUAGAAUAUACAGUGAAAGGCACUAUUGGCAUUAACGACUAACCCAAGGAUGUGCUGGAGACAGCCGGAGUUAGAUAUGGCCCUUGUGGCUAAAGGGAUCAGGGGGUAUGGAGAGAAGGCAGGUACAGGGUUCUGAGUUGGAUGAUCAGCCAUGAUCGUACUGAAUGGGGGUGCAGGCUCGAAGGGCCGAAUGGCCUACUCCUGCACCUAUUUUCUAUGUUUCUAUGUCACCACACAUUUCAGCACCAAUGCCGUAAACCUACAGUAUUUGAGAAGGAAUUUCUUUAGUGAGAGCAUUUUGUUUUUUUGAAUUUAUUUAGAGAUGGUGUGGAAUGCUGCCCAGCAUUUCCCCUGGUUUAAUCCUAGCCUAGUCACUGGACAAUUUACAAUAACCAAUUAGCCUCCCAACCUGUACGUCUUUGAACUGUAGGAGGAAACCGGAGAACAGCGAGGAAUCGCACGUGGUCACAGGGAGAACGUAUAAACUCCUGACAGGCCGUGGCAGCAAUUGGGCCUGGGUCGCUGGUACUGUGAAGCGUUGUGCUAACUACACGACCAUGGCUGUCAAUCUGUGGAAUUUGUGCAAGAGUUAGUAAAAUAUAAAGCCUGUUUGUUUUGCUCUUUAAUGGCAAGUUUAUAUCUUCAACACUGGCAUAACUGUAGAGAAAGGUGUUAGCUGAGAAAGUGACAUCCUUUUGCGUGAAUCUGCCAAGGGAAUCACUAAAUAUACCUGCCCUGAGAUAGCACAAGUGAAUUGUACACACUCAGACACUGCAUCAUUGUUACUGUGGUAACACGCUGCAAGCUUUCACUGCUAAUGUAAAGGUUUCUCUGAAGCUGCAAUGUUUGGGUUGGACUAGCGAUAACGGAGUUUGAAAUCUGGGGGCUAUCCGGUGAGAGAGAUGUUGUUUGUUCUUGUGAGUCUGGAAGAGAGAGUUUUGCCGUCUUUUGCCAGCGAGACUCCAGCUCUCCGGGUCACGGAGGCACACAAGCUCCAGGCAACAACAGAGCUGUGCUCCUCUCGGAGGAGUGACCUUAUAGAGCUGUAUCAAAUCAGGAGGGGCUUAGAAUGGGGUCAGUCCUCUCUCCCGCACCCCCCCCCCAGGGAGAAGAAUCAGGAACCUCACACAAGAUUUCAAGGAUCCAGAGUCAGGAAGGGGGUAUUGGGCUGAGAUCUGAGAGCAGGGAGAUACAGCCUGCUGCUGGUCACAGUGAGAAGAGGGAAGGUCCAGGCAGUGACAGGGUCACCUGGGUGGUUUCUGUGUUCUGGAGAUCAGAAAGUCUCGUGGUGGGGUCAAACAGGUGGGAAAGGUGGGGGCUGUCUCUAAAACAUGGACAUUGCCAGGACCCGAGGACCUGAGUGAAAGGGGAGAGGUUGAACAGUUUAGGACCGUAGUCCUUCGAACAUAGAUGAUUGAGGGGAGAUUUGAUAGAUCUGUACAAAAUUAUGUGGGGUUAUAGAUAGGGUAAGUGAAAGCAGGCCUUUCCACUGAGUUUCCCCAACAUCACAUCCCCGCUCUCAUAUUCUAUACCUCUAGAAAUGAAGCCAACAUUUCAUUCAACUUCUUCACCACCAACUCAACCUGGAGGUUAACCUUUCGGGUAUCUCACACAAGGACUCCCAGGUCCCUUUGCAUCUCUGCAUUUUGAAUUCCCUCCCCAUCUAAAUAAUAGUCUACCAUUUUAUUUCUUCCACCAAAGAGCAUGACCAUACACUUUCCAACAUUGUAUUUCAUUUGCCACUUCUUUGCCCAUUCCCUUAAACUAUCUAAGUCUCUCUCUGUUUCCUCAACACCACCCGCUCCUCUACCUAUCUUUGUAUCAUCGGUAAAUUUAGCCACAAGUCCAUUAAUCCCAUAGUCCAAAUCAUUGACUUACAUUGUUAAAACCAGUGGUCCCAACGGUGACCCUGUGGAACUCCACUGGUAACCGGCAACCAGCCAGAAUAGGAUCCCUUUAUUCCCACUCUUUGUUUUCUGCCGAUGAACCAAUGCUCCACCCAUGCUAGUAACUCCCCUGUAAUUCCAUGGGAUCUUAUCUUGCUAAGCAGCCUCAUGUACGGCUCCUUGUCAAAAUCCAAGUACACCACAACUAUUGCAUCUUGUAAUUUCCUCAAAAAAUUGCAGUAGAUUAGUCAGGCAGGAUUUUCCUUUCAGAAAACCAUUCUGGCUUUGGCCUAUCUUGUCAUGUGCCUACAGGUACUCCGUAAUCUCAUCCUAACAAUUGAUUCCAACAACUUCUCAACUACUGAUGUCAGACUACAGGUCUAUAGUUUCCUUUCUGCUGCCUCCCACCCUUCUUAAAUAGCGGAGUAACAUUUGCAAUUUUCCAGUCAUCUGGUACAAUGCCAGAAUCUAUCGAUUCUUGAAAGAUCAUUGUUAAUGCCUCCACAAUCUCUCCAGCUACUUCCUUCAGAACCUGAGGGUGCAUUCUAUCAGGUCCAAGAGAUUUAUCCAUCCUCAGACCAUUAAUUUACUGAGCACCUCUUCAGUCAUAAUUUUCACUACCCAUACUUCAUCUCCCUGACACUCUUGAAUGUCCGGUAUACUGCAGAUGUCUUCCACUGUGAAGACUGAUGCAAAAUGCGUAUUUAGUUCCUAUAUCUACCCUCAACUCUCUUUUACCCUUUAUAUAGUUAAAAAAGCUUUUUGUAUCUUCUCUGAUAUUAGUCACCAGUUUCCUUUAAUUAUUCAUCUUUUCCUUCCUAAUGACCUUCUUAGUUUCCUUCUGCAAGUUUUUAAAAACUUCCCAAUCCUCUGUCUUCUCACUAGCUUUGGCUUCCUUGCAUGCCCUCUCUUUUGCUUUUACUUUGGCUCUGACUUCACUUGUCAGCCUCAGCAGUGUCCUUCCUUUUGAAAUUUUCUUCUUAUUUGGAAUGUAUGUCUUGCACUUCCCUCAUUUUUCGCAGAAACUCUGUCCUUUCUGCUAGUGUCCCUUUCCAGUCAACUCUGGCCAGUUCCCCCUCAAGCCACUGUAAUUUCCUUUAUUCCACUGAAAUGCCGACACAUUGGAAUUCAGUUUCUAUGUUGUAAAGGGAACCUUUUCUGGUUUGCUACUGUAACUAAUGGGGUCUGUGUUGGGACUGCUUUUAUAUGUCAGUGACUUGGGUGAUGGAAUUGAUGGCUUUGUGGCCAAAUUUGCGGAUGAUACGAAAAUAGAUAGAGGGGCAGGUAGUGUUGAGCAGAGGCUGCAGAAGGACAGAUUGAGAGAACGGGGGAAAUGUGGCAGAUGGAAUGCAGGGUAAGGAAGUGUAUGGUCAUACACUUUGUUAGAAGAACUGGAAGCUUAGACUAUUUUCUAGAUGGGGAGAACACGAUGCUGCCGGUGUGAAUUCGGCAGCUUUUUCUGAUCUGGUGCAGUGGCUUCAGCAUACCAGAUGGUGAUACAACCAGUCAGAACGGUCUCCACGUUGUUCCUGUACAACCAGUUAUCAAUUAAGAUAAAAAGCACGCGUGCGGGAAGUGGAUAAACUGCUGUAUUCACAGAGCAGCGGGUGAGAGACAGCUUGUGUAGUCUACAGAUCAAUUUGCAUGGGCAAGCUAUCAGUCCAUAUAUAGUGGUAAGGGGAGUCAUUGCUCUAAAAGAAAUAGAUCCAUACAUUACUCUCCACGGUACACCUGUAAAAAUUUGUGAUUGUGUUGCUAAUCUUCUCAGACUCCUAAUGAAAUAUAGUCACUGUUGUGCCUUCUGUGCAACUGCAGCAACGUGUUGGACUCAAGAUAGAUCCUCAGAGAUAUGGAUACCCAGGAUCUUGAAGCUGCUCACUUCCAUUCGUCCCUCAAUGAGGACUGGUGUGUUCCCGUGACCUCAAUCAAUUCCUUAGUGUUUCUGAUGUUCAGAGCAAGGCUGUUGAGCGACACCACUCAACCAGCUGAUCUGCCUUGCUCCGGUGUGUCACCUCCUCGUCACCGUCUGCUGCUCUGACAACUAGAGUUGAGCCAGCGGCAGAUUUUCAGAUGUCAUUUGAGCUGUGCCUGGCAUCAUGGUCAGGCGUAGAGAGAGUGGGGCAGGGUGACUAAGCACACAUCCUUGAAGUGCGCCCAUGUUCAUAGACAGCGAGGUGUUAUUACCCAUCUGUACAGCCAGUGGACCUGCGGUUAGGAAGCCGAGGGUCCAGUUGUAGAGGGACGUAAAGAGACCCAGGCGUUGGAGCUUUUUAAUCAGAACUGGAGGAAUUAGUAUUGUCCAGGUGAUCCAAGGCCACGUGAUGACCCACUGGAGACCAACUGUGGUGAUAGGCAAAUUGCACUGGAUACAACACAACGGAUGGAUGAAUAUGAAACAGGAAAGUAUCCGGGAUAUCAACAAAGAAAAUAGAUCAUAGCGUAAUAAAGGGAAAACAGGACAGAAUUUACUCCAAGGCUUAAGAAAAUCUGCUAUAGAGCUCCACAGGGUCCUGUGAUCACAAAAGCCUGUUGGACAUUGUUAAUGUGAAAUACUGCAAUCCCGAUUCGCUGAUUUAUUGAUGGGCAGCGGGGAGCUGUGUGACCUCGGUCAUUGCAAGGACUAGGUCUGAAGGCUCAGUAUCGCCUGGUUGGAGUCGGUGGUUCGAGCGAGGUGCCGGGGUCAGUGUGGCGUGGUGUCCAAGCUGGAGUCAGUGCUGCCCCCCCCUCCCCGGGUGUUCGGUCUGCAGAAGACAAGCCACAUUCUGUUUGACCACAGACAAUGAUUUUUUUUUUGUGUGACUAUUUUACUAAGACUUUAAAUAUGUUAUAUGCAGUGAGUGUCUGGAGGCACUUGACCCCAGAGUUAUGCUGUUCUGUUUGGCUGUAUACAUAGGUAACCCUUAUGAUUUAAUGACAGUUAAACGUGAACUUGUGCCUUGGCUUUACCCAUGAGAGAGGGAGAGCGAGAGAAUAUCAGACAUCAGUCCCCAGACACUGAGGAGGUAGGAAAGGUCAUCCCACCCCAGGUCUGGGGCCAGUACUAAGGUCACCAGUCUGCACAAAAGAGCUGGGUUCAAUUCCGAGCUCAGGCACUGUCUGUGUGCAGUUUGCAUGCCCCGCUGUAAUUACAUGGGUUUCCCCUGGUGUGCCCCAGUUUCCUUCCUAUCCCAAAGACAUGAGGUCAGGUUGCUUAAUUGGUUGAUACAAGUUGUUCCUUGCGUGACAGACUUUUCGGCAGGGUAGGGGACUCCAAAACCAGGGGGUACAGAUUAGGGGUGAGAGGAGACAAUUUAAGAACUUGAGAGGCAAUUUCUUCACCAGAGUACAGUGAGUUUAUGGAAUGAGCUGCCAGAGGAUGUGGUUGAGGUGAGUACAAAACUAUCAUUUUAGAAGCCUUGGGAAGGUACAGGGAGGGGUGAGGCAUGGAGGGAUAUGGACCAGACACAGGAAAUUGGACUGAACAUCAGAGAUUGUGCAGAUGCAGGAGAUCCAGGGUGACACACACAAAGUGCUUGAGGAACUCAGCAGGUCAGGAUGGCGAGACGGCCUACAGGGAUGAGGCGGCCGCGUGCUGUGCAGAUGAUAACACCCAGAAGACCAAGGAGAUCAUUGUGGACCAGGCAUGCUAGGAGCCACAUUUGCAUCCCCAUCUACAUCAAUGGAGCUGGAGUGAAGAGUGUAUAAAGCUUCAAAUUCCUUGGCAUCUACAUUUCCGAGGAUCUCACCUGGUCCCUGAACUCCUCCAUCCUGAUCAAAAAGGCACAACAGCACCUUUAUUUCCUGUGGAGCAUGAAGAAAGCUCACCUCUGUCCCAGGAUGCUGACAGACUUUUACCACUGUACCAUUGAGAGCAUACUCACCAACUGCAUCUCAGUGUGGUACGGCAAUUGUCCCGUAUCGGAAUACGAAGCACUCCAGCGUGUGGUGAAAACUGCCCAGUGGAUUAUCGGCACCCAUUUGCCCACCAUUGAGAACAUCUACCAUAAACGCUGCCCGGGCAGGGUGAAAAGCAUUAUCAAGGAUACAUCUCACCCUAACUAUGGACUUUUUACUCUCCUCCCAUCCGGUAGGCACUACAGGAGCCUUCAUUCCCGCACCAGCAGGCACAGGAAGAGCUGAACCUCACAUCACAGCGCUAAGCAGUAUUGCACCCAUAUUGUACUGUCUCAGUACUUUUAUAUUUGUGUGCUGUAGCACUUACUUUUUAUUCAGUUAUUUUGUAAAUAACACUAUUCUUUGCAUUUCUGGUCAGAUGCUAACUGCAUUUCAUUGGCUUUGUAUCUGUACUCGGCAUAAUGACAACAAAGUUAAAUCUAAUCUAUGGAUAGGAAUAAACAAUUGAUGUUUUUGAUUGAGACCUUCCAUCAGUACUUGAGGAAUAAUUGGGACUAGUUCGGUGGAUAUGGUGUUUGGCAUCAACUGGAUGGGCACAAGGGCCUGUAUCAGGAUGACUCUGUCAAUGAGCAGUAAAACCUGAAGGUGUAGGUGUAUCUGUUAUAAAGUGGGCAACAUCACUGGAUGUGUUGCUGAAAAAAUUAAAAAUUCCACAAAUGAUAAAUUAAAAUAAACUGAGACAAUAGCAAUUAGAUACAAAUAUAGUUAGGUAUAAUUGAGGGAUAAGCAUUACUCAGAGAUAUAGACAAUAAUUAUGGAUAUUAAGGGAUAAAUAUUAACGAUAGAUACUGAUGGAUAAAUCUAUUAAUAAUGAGAUCUAUCGAAGGCUAGCU